AUGCGGUUGUGCCCUCUCUUUUUGGGCCUGCAUGCGGACGGCUCUCUCUCUGUUUUGCCUUUCUGGGGGGCCAUCAAGUACUCGCUUUCCUUCGAGCUUCUGCCGGGUCGGGGGAAGUUCCAUUCUUUGUCUGCCCUUCUGCUGUCUCUUGAGAACAGCCGCAGCUUCAUUCCUCCCCUUGUGCUCUUUCCCGAGGGCCAGAAGAGCAACGGGAGCUGCUUGCUGCAGUGGGACGCCAGGGGAUUAGACGCUGCAGCUUUUGCACGACUGAAGAGCAGAGUGGCCUUACUGGGGUGUAUGCACACCCCAGACCAAGGCAACACACAGGCAGCAGCAACAGCACGGACGGGAUGGAGAAGACCGACGUACACUGCGCCUCACACGGUUAACAGCCCUUUAUGGCACUUGUUGCUGCUGCUGUUGCAGCCUAGACAGCACCUGCGCUGCAUUUGGGUUCCGCCCGAGGACGUGUUGACCUCCCAACAACAGCAGCAACGGCAGCAUCAGCAGCUUUUGCAAAAGCAACAACAGCAGCUGCUGCUGCCGCAGCAGUCAUUGCUGCUGCAGCAGCAGCAGCAGCAGCAAGGAGACUUGACGUGUAUACGCACCACCUUGCUGCGAGCUGUCCCCGGACUCGUGUCUGUGAAGAAGAGCGGAAGAGACCUGAAGGCAUUCAGUGACUAUUGGAAUGAGCAGCAGCAGAAAGGGCGCAGUACAAAGAGAGCAUGA